AUGACACCUUUCAUGAGCAUCGCCUUACUUGUUGCCCUGUUCUGGCUCAACUCAGAUCGCAUUCAGAAAGCCAUUGAGAUAUGCAGCGAAUGUUUGAUUUUGCUAAAUGGCACCGAUCAAAACAGCAAAGACCAAUUUGAUUCAGCACUGCUACAAUUUUACAGCGACAUCUAUACCGUUCUUUUCAGCGCUUAUCGUCAUAUCUCUGACUACAUAAGUGCGGAAAGAUACGGAAGGAAACUGUUUGACUUAUACAGAGAGUAUGGAAUUGUGCUUUAUAAACUUGGCGAGAGCCUAAAAGCAAAGGAAUAUCUUGACAAGGCCCUUGCCAUAACAACCAAAAUUGGCGACAGAAGCAGAGAAGCAUCAUGUUAUGGAAACUUAGGUACUGUGUUUGAGUCGCUUGGCCAAUACGACAAGGCUGAAGAGUAUCUCCAGAAAGCGCUUGUCAUCAGAACUGAAAUUGGCCAUAGAGAAGAGGAAGCAUCAUGUUAUGGAAACCUAGGUACUGUGUUUAAGUCGCUUGGCCAAUACGACAAGGCUAAAGAAUAUCACCAAAAAGCGCUUGUCAUCAGAACCGAAAUCAGCGACAGAGGAGGGGAAGCAUCAUCUUAUGGAAACCUAGGUACUGUGUCUAAGUCACUUGGCCAAUACGACAAGGCUGAAGAGUAUCUCCAAAAAGCGCUUGUCAUCACAACUGAAAUUGGCGACAGAGGAGGGGAAGCAUCAUCUUAUGGAAACCUAGGUACUGUGUUUAAGUCGCUUGGCCAAUACGACAAGGCUGAAGAGUAUCUCCAAAAAGCGCUUGUCAUCACAACUGAAAUUGGCGACAGAGGAGGGGAAGCAUCAUGUUAUGGAAACCUAGGUACUGUGUUUGGGUCGCUUGGCAAAUACGACAAGGCUGAAGAAUAUCACCAAAAAGCGCUUGUCAUCACAACUGAAAUUGGCGACAGAGAAGGGGAGGCAACUGACUACGGAAACCUAGGUACUGUGUUUAAGUCGCUUGGCCAAAACGACAAGGCUGAAGAAGAUCUCCAAAAAGCGCUUGUCAUCAAGACUGAGAUUGGCGACAGAGGAGGGGAAGCAUCAUGUUAUGGAAACCUAGGUACUGUGUUUGUGUCGCUUGGCAAAUACGACAAGGCUGAAGAAUAUCACCAAAAAGCGCUUGUCAUCAGAACUGAAAUUGGCGACAGAGAAGGGGAGGCAACUGACUACGGAAACCUAGGUACUGUGUUUCAUUCGCUUGGCCAAUACGACAAGGCUGAAGAAUAUCUCCGAAAAGCGCUUGUCAUCAAGACUGAGAUUGGCGACAGAGGAGGGGAAGCAUCGUGUUAUGGAAACCUAGGUACUGUGUUUGAGUCGCUUGGCCUAUACAACAAGGCUGAAGAAUAUCUCCAAAAAGCGCUUGUCAUCACAACUGAAAUUGGCGACAGAGGAGGGGAGGCAUCAUGUUAUGGAAAGCUAGGUACUGUGUUUAAGUCGCUUGGCCAAUACGACAAGGCUAAAGAGUAUCUCCAAAAAGCACUUGUCAUCAGAACCGAAAUUGGCGACAGAGAAGGGGAGGCAACUGACUACGGAAACCUAGGUACUGUGUUUAAUUCGCUUGGCCAAUACGACAAGGCUGAAGAGUAUCUCCAAAAAGCGCUUGUCAUCAUGACUGAGAUUGGCGACAGAGGAGGGGAAGCAUCAUGUUAUGGAAACCUAGGUACUGUGUUUAAGUCGCUUGGCCAAUACGACAAGGCUAAAGAAUAUCAGCAAAAAGCGCUUCUCAUCAGAACCGAAAUUGGCGACAGAGGAGGGGAAGCAUCAUCUUAUGGAAACCUAGGUACUGUGUUUAAGUCGCUUGGCCAAUACGACAAGGCUGAAGAGUAUCUCCAAAAAGCGCUUGUCAUCAGAACUGAAAUUGGCGACAGAGGAGGGGAGGCAUCAUGUUAUGGAAACCUAGGCACUGUGUUUAAGUCGCUUGGCCAAUACGACAAGGCUAAAAAAUAUCACCAAAAAGCGCUUGUCAUCUGAACCGAAAUUCGCGACAGAGGAGGGGAAGCAUCAUCUUAUGGAAACCUAGGUACUGUGUUUAAGUCGCUUGGCCAAUACGACAAGGCUGAAGAGUAUCUCCAAAAAGCUCUAGUCAUCAGAACUGAAAUUGGCGACAGAGGAGGGGAGGCAUCAUGUUAUGGAAACCUCGGUACUGUGUUUAAGUCGCUUGGCCAAUACGACAAGGCUAAAGAGUAUCUCCAAAAAGCGCUUGUCAUCAAGACUGAGACUGGGGACAGAGGAGAGGAAGCAUCAUGUUAUGGAAACAUAGGUACUGUGUUUAAGUCGCUUGGCCAAUACGACAAGGCUGAAGAAUAUCUCCAAAAAGCGCUUGUCAUCGGAGCUGAAAUUGGCGACAGAGGAGGGGAGGCAUCAUGUUAUGGAAACCUAGGUACUGUGUUUAAGUCGCUUGGCCAAUACGACAAGGCUGAAGAGUAUCUCCAAAAAGCACUUGUCAUCACAAUUGAAAUGGGCGACAGAGGAGGGGAAGCAUCAUGUUAUGGAAACCUAGGUACUGUGUUUGGGUCGCUUGGCCAAUACGGCAAGGCUGAAGAAUAUCUCCAAAAAGCGCUUCUCAUCACAACUGAAAUUGGCGACAGAGGAGGGGAAGCAUCAUCUUAUGGAAACCUAGGUACUGUGUUUGGGUCGCUUGGCCAAUACGACAAGGCUAAAGAAUAUCACCAAAAAGCGCUUGUCAUCAGAACUGAAAUUGGCGACAGAGAAGGGGAGGCAAUUGACUACGGAAACCUAGGUACUGUGUUUAAUUCGCUUGGCCAAUACGACAAGGCUGAAGAGUAUCUCCAAAAAGCGCUUGUCAUCAAGACUGAGAUUGGCGACAGAGGAGGGGAAGCAGCAUGUUAUGGAAACCUAGGUACUGUGUUUAAGUCGCUUGGCCAAUACGACAAGGCUGAAGAGUAUCUCCAAAAAGCACUUGUCAUCACAAUUGAAAUGGGCGACAGAGGAGGGGAAGCAUCAUGUUAUGGAAACCUAGGUACUGUGUUUGGGUCGCUUGGCCAAUACGGCAAGGCUGAAGAAUAUCUCCAAAAAGCGCUUCUCAUCACAACUGAAAUUGGCGACAGAGGAGGGGAAGCAUCAUCUUAUGGAAACCUAGGUACUGUGUUUGGGUCGCUUGGCCAAUACGACAAGGCUAAAGAAUAUCACCAAAAAGCGCUUGUCAUCAGAACUGAAAUUGGCGACAGAGAAGGGGAGGCAAUUGACUACGGAAACCUAGGUACUGUGUUUAAUUCGCUUGGCCAAUACGACAAGGCUGAAGAGUAUCUCCAAAAAGCGCUUGUCAUCAAGACUGAGAUUGGCGACAGAGGAGGGGAAGCAGCAUGUUAUGGAAACCUAGGUACUGUGUUUAAGUCGCUUGGCCAAUACGACAAGGCUGAAGAGUAUCUCCAAAAAGCGCUUGUCAUCAGAACUGAAAUUGGCGACAGAGAAGGGGAGGCAACUAACUACGGAAACCUAGGUACUGUGUUUAAGUCGCUUGGCCAAUACGACAAGGCUGAAGAGUAUCUCCAAAAAGCGCGUGUCAUCACAACUGAAAUUGGUGACAGACCAAAGGAAGCAUCAUCUUAUGGAAACUUAGGUACUGUGUUUUGGUUUCUUGGCCAAUACGACAAGGCUGAAGAAUAUUACCAAAAAGCGCUUGUCAUCAGAACUGAAAUUGGCGACAGAGGAGGGGAGGCAUCAUGUUUUGGAAACCUAGGUACUGUGUUUAAGUCGCUUGGCCAAUACGACAAGGCUGAAGAGUAUCUCCAAAAAGCGCUUGUCAUCACAACUGAAAUUGGCGACAGAGAAGGGGAGGCAACUGACUACGCCAACCUAGGUACUGUGUUUAAGUCGCUUGGCCAGUACGACAAGGCUGAAGAAUAUCUCCAAAAAGCGCUUGUCAUCAGAACUGAAAUUGGCAACAGAAGAGGGGAAGCAUCAUGUUAUGGAAACCUAGGUACUGUGUUUGAGUCGCUUGGCCAAUAUGACAAGGCUGAAGAGUAUCUUCAAAAAGCGCUUGUCAUCAGAACUGAAAUUGGCGACAGAGGAGGGGAAGCAUCAUGUUAUGGAAACCUAGGUACUGUGUUUGGGUCGCUCGGCCAAUACGACAAGGCUGAAGAGUAUCUCCAAAAAGUGCUUGUCAUCAGAACUGAAAUUGGCCACAGAGAAGGGGAGGCAACUGACUACGGAAACCUUGGAAUUGUGUUUAGAACUGUUGGUGAUUUUGAAGCUUCGGAAGUAUGCUUGGAGAAAGCUUUAUUGAUAUUUAGAGAUAUUGGAGAUGGAAGAAAAGAGUUUGAUAUCCUUCUAGGCUACGCCGUUUUGUAUUUAUAUCAAUAUAAAAUCAAAGACUCCUUGUUGUAUCUUCAUCUGUGCAUUGAAAAGUAUGAGGAGCUGAGAUAUUUCUUGGGUGCCAAUGAUCAGUUCAAAACAUCAUUUUUGGAGCACACAGGAAUGUUCCCCUACAAGCUGCUUUGUACUUUGCUUUGUGACACCGGAAAUGCUCGGGAUGCUCUUUAUGUUGAGGAGUUGGGUCGAGCUAGAGGCCUAUCAGACUUAAUGGCAGAGAAGUACUCGGUUGAAACGCACAUCUCUGCUAAUCCACAAUCUUGGGUUGGCAUUGAGAACAUUUUAAGAAAGAAAAAUAACUGUACUUGUCUGUACAUUUCUUAUUUUCAGAAUCGUCUGCAUUUGUGGAUCUUGAAAACAAGUGGAGUCCUUCACUAUAGAAGAGUAUCACCAGAAGAGAAUCUAGUUCAGGCCGGGUUGCCUAAAGAUUUGUCUUUGAGUCAAUUUUUGGAUGAUAAUUUCCGGAGUCUUUGUAUUUUGCCUACUAAAGAUUGUGAAGAUCGGUCUUUACAUACGAUUAAAGUGCAACCUCUCUCCCCCGCACAAAAGAGCUCAGCAAGAUUGCGACUCAUGGAGGAGGACGAGGACGAGGACGAGGACGAGAAAGUGAUUUUAAGUCUUUCUUUGUGUUACAAAAUGUUUAUUGCUCCCGUUAAUGAUUUUCUUGAGGAGCCUGAAGUCAUUAUCGUUCCUGACCGCAGGUUGUACAAAGUUCCUUUUGCUGCCCUGAGUGAAAAGGAGGGAGCCGAAUACCUAUCGGAGACUCAUAGGAUCCGUGUCAUUCCUUCUUUGACAACGCUAAAGAUCAUCCAAGAUAGUCCAGAGGACUAUCACAGCAACACUGGUGCCUUGAUUAUAGGCAAUCCCAAGGUUGAUGGGCUGCAACCAUUGCCAGGUGCAAGAAAAGAAGCGGAGAUGGUCGGACGACUGGUGGGUGUUCCACCUCUAGUUGAAGAGAAAGCAACGAAGCAGGCGGUACUUGGGCGGAUAAGUUCAGUGAGCUUGAUACACUUUGCUGCCCAUGGUAAUGCGGAAAGAGGAGAAAUUGCACUCUCCCCCAUUCCUACUCCCAACAGUGGAAACGCUAUCCCACCGCAGGAAGCUUACAUGUUGACGAUGGCUGAUGUCUCACGAGUGAAAGUCAGAGCUAAACUGGUGGUACUUAGCUGCUGUCACAGCGGAAGUGGAGAGAUAAGAGCCGAAGGAGUUAUAGGAAUUGCCCGUGCGUUCUUAGGAUCUGGUGCUCGCUCUGUAUUGGUAGCGCUGUGGGCCAUUCCAGACUCAGCUACAGAGAAGCUGAUGGGUCGGUUCUACGAACACCUCAUUGAAAGAGAAAGUGCCAGUGAAUCCCUUCAUCAGGCCAUGAAGUGGAUGAGAAAAAACGGUUUGAACAAAAUUUCUGAGUGGGCGUCGUUUACGCUGAUUGGAGAUGAUGUGAGACUCGAGUUUGACAAGCAGCGGCAAGACUCAGUGAGAACAGGUAUUUCAUAA